AUGGGGGUUAUAUCUAAGACGUUCGGCGUCGUUUUCAGUCUCCUCUUCGAACAGGAGAUCAUGAGCUACGUGCCGGCGUCUGGAUGCCCGACGGCCGAGCCCUCGCCCGUGGCGUCGCCGGCCGCCGCGCGCUCCACACGACAACCUGCACCCCAGAGAAGGGACUUUGAAGCCAAGUUGAGAGCGUUCUAUAGGAAGUUAGAGAGCAAAGGCUAUGGUCAGGGACCUGGAAAGUUAAAAUUACACAUCAGACGUGACCAUCUCCUAGAAGACGCUUUUAGACGUAUCAUGUCCUGUACUAAAAAAGAGCUGCAGAAGGGCAAACUUUGUGUCCUAUGGGACGGUGAAGAGGGGUUGGACUAUGGCGGCCCAAGUAGAGAAUUCUUCUUUCUACUAUCAAGAGAGCUAUUUAACCCAUAUUAUGGGUUAUUUGAAUAUUCAGCAAAUGACACGUACACAGUACACGUGUCACCUAUGUCGGCAUUCGUCGACAACCAUCAUGAGUGGUUCAGAUUUUCCGGUCGUGUGCUUGGGCUGGCCCUCGUACAUGGGUACUUGCUAGAGGCGUGGUUCACGCGAGCGUUGUACCGAGCUUUACUGCGCCUUCCGCCCGCGCUAGAAGAUGUCGACGCUCUAGACGCACAGUUUGCUGCCUCUUUGAGAUGGUUGCAGGCCGCUCGUAGCGUGUCAUCGCUGGAGCUAACGUUCGCGGUGUCGGAGCGGCUCGCGGACGGGCGCGUGCUCGAGCGCGAGCUGAAGCCCGGCGGCAGGGACGUGGCCGUCACCGAGAGGAACAAGAAGGAGUACCUGGAGAAGCUGGUGCGCUGGAGAGUGGAGAGAGGGGUCGCGGAGCAGAGCGAGUGGCUCGUCAGAGGGUUUCAUGAGGUGGUCGACCCUCGGUUGGUGGCAGCUUUCGACGCCCGCGAGUUAGAGUUGGUGAUAGCGGGCGCUCCGGAACUGGAUGUGGCUGAUUGGAGAAACAACACGGAGUACCGCGGCGGGUACCACGACUCCCAUCCCGUCAUACUGAGCUUCUGGCAGGCUAUUGAUAGAUUUACAAACGAGCAACGCCUUCGUCUGGUCCAAUUCGUGACGGGCACGUCGUCCAUCCCCUACGAGGGUUUCUCAGCACUGCGCGGCUCGACGGGCCCGCGGCGUUUCUGCAUAGAGCGUUGGGGACGUAUCGAGUCCCUCCCGCGAGCUCACACCUGCUUCAACCGUCUAGACCUGCCUCCAUACCCAACCUUACAGAUACUACACGAGAAACUAUUGCUAGCCGUCGAAGAAACUAACACAUUUGGAAUAGAA